UCAGACUAAGUGACUAAAUCUGGCGGCUGCAUUGUUUGGUGGUGCAAGGAACAGUGUCAGACGGAGGGAAAUGUAUGACGAGAAUUGAAUUAACGCAAGACAGGAGGUAGGUGGAGCUUCCUUCUUGGCAGAAAGACGUCGGUGGAAAGCUGCCUUUAAACCUCGGUCUGAUCGUUGGGGGAACACUGAUUCACGUCGAACUGAACUACUCACGUCGAACGUUGCUUACACUUCAUUUCCUGACCCGAGCGGCGCGCGGCCAUCCGGUUGCUAUUGGCAGCGCCGGGCUGGGGUUCUAAAUCAGAACCUCGGGAUAGCGUCUGGGUUCGAUCCGGGCACGCGGGGGUGCACCCAGGCAGUCCGCAACACUUGGCCCGCCUCGUCGUCGCCGCCGACGAACCAGCAGCCUCGCUGCAAGGCAUCGACCCUCGGCCGGCAGUCCCCGCUCUGGGAAGGGAAGAGGGGGUGGGGGGGGGGGGUGAUUAAAAAAAAGAACUUCAGUACGUUGUAAAGCGAAGAAAGGGAGUCAGAUCUUAAUGAUGGCAUUCGGGGAUUUGGAGACGGGGCGCCAAGCGCUUGUCGUGAUCUUGCUCUCUCUCUCCCGUUGUUCGGGCUUUAACUUGGACACCAGCCCAUCCGUUUACUCCGGACCUCAGGGCAGUUACUUCGGAUUUGCUGUCGACUUCUUCACACCUGCCUCGGGACAAAGGAACAUUUUAGUUGGAGCCCCAAAGGCAAAUACUUCUCAGCCAAACAUAGUCGAAGGUGGAGCGGUGUACAAGUGCCCCUGGGAAAGCGGGGUCGCCAGCUGCGAGCAGUACCCAUUUGACAACACAGGUAACAGACUUUUAAACAAGGAUGAGCUGAUGGAAUUCAAAUCCCACCAGUGGUUUGGAGCAUCACUGAGAACUCAGGGUGAUAAAAUUCUGGCUUGUGCACCCCGUUAUCACUGGAGAACAAUAAAUCGCUCAGAACGGGAACCAGUGGGGACCUGUUACCUUGCCGAUGGGGAAAAGAUUGUGGAGUAUGCACCAUGCCGAUCAGAUAAACCUGAAGCUGAAGGUCAAGGAUUUUGUCAAGGAGGUUUCAGCAUUGACUUUACAACGGCUGGUAGAGUGGUUCUUGGUGGACCUGGCAGUUUUUAUUGGCAAGGGCAGUUAAUCUCUGAUGAGAUUAAGGACAUUGUCACACUGUACAAUUCUUCAUCGUUUAUCACACAAUUUCCGAAUCAAAUUUCGACCCGUGGGGCUAAUGCUGUGUAUGAUGACAGCUACCUUGGCUAUUCAGUUACUGUUGGGAACUUCAACAAUGAUUCGGUGGAAGAUUUUGUUACUGGUAUUCCAAGAGGAGCAAAGUGUCUGGGCUAUGUGACGAUUUUAAAUGGAGUUAACAUGGAAUCACUUUACAAUUUUACUGGGGAGCAGAUGGCUGCAUACUUUGGUUACUCUGUUGCUGUUACAGAUAUCAACAAUGAUGGGCUUGAUGACCUAUUGGUUGGAGCACCACUUUUUAUGGUUCGUGGUUCUGAUGGGAAAUACCGAGAAGUGGGACAAGUGUAUAUUUAUUUACAAGAUGCUCCAACUAGUUUUAGAAGUGCUAUGAAGCUGACUGGCACAGAGACUUAUGCCAGAUUUGGGUCUUCAAUUGCACCUUUGGGAGACCUUGAUCAGGACGGCUAUAAAGAUGUUGCAAUAGGAAUUCCUUAUGGAGGGGAAAACCAUAAAGGCCUUGUUUACAUUUAUAAUGGGAAAUCUUCUGGUUUAAAUCCUCAUCCUUCUCAGAUGUUAGAAGGACAAUGGGCUUCUGACAGGAUGCCUGCCAGUUUUGGUUAUGCCAUGCAUGGUGCUGUUGAUAUUGACAAAAAUGGAUAUCCAGAUUUAAUUGUGGGAGCUUUUGGUGUUGACAAAGCAGCAGUUUACAGAGCCAGACCAGUAAUUCAUGUGAAUGCUUCAUUAGAAGUCAGCCCAUCGGUGUUGAAUCCAGAAAACAAAAGCUGUACGCUCAGAGACAAUGUCAUGGUGUCCUGUUUCACAGUUACAUUUUGCCUAAGUGCCUUUGGAAAAAGAGCUACAGACUUAUUGGAUUUUAAUGUGGAAUUACAGCUGGAUAAACUAAAACAGAAGGGUGCUAUCAAGAGAGCUAUGUUUCUUCACAGUUCUCUUUCUUCUUAUGAGAAGAAAAUGCAAGUGGAAAAUAAUCGAAGAAAAGUUUGUGAAGAAUUGCAAGCCUAUCUGAGAGAUGAAACAGAGUUUAGAGACAAAUUAAAUAAAAUUGCUAUCUACAUGAAAUACAGCCUAGAUUUAACUACUGCAACAGAGAAAAAUGGAUUGCAACCAAUCCUCAACCAAUUUACUCCAGAUAAUAUCACCAAACAGGCACACAUUUUAGUGGAUUGUGGAGAUGACGACAUCUGCAAACCUGAUCUGAAGCUCUCCGUGGAAGGGGAUCGAAAGCAGCUGUACAUUGGGGAUGAUAAUCCCUUAACCCUGAUUGUGAAUGCACAGAAUGAAGGUGAGGGAGCCUAUGAAGCUGAAUUACACAUUGAGCUACCACCACAAGCAGAUUAUGUUGGGGUUGUUCGCAACAAUAAGAGUCUUGCCAGAUUGUCCUGUGCUUACAAGACAGAAAAUCAAACCCGGUUGGUAGUUUGUGAUCUUGGAAACCCCAUGAAAGCAGGAACAAAUCUCUUGGCUGGUCUGAGAUUCAGCGUACACAAGUUGCAAGAGGCCGAAGCAGUUGUUACCUUUGACCUGCAAAUUAAAAGUUCCAACAUACACAAUGGGGAGAGUGAAAUGGUGUCCUAUGCAGUUGACAUUACUGUCCUGGCUCAAGUUGAUAUCAGAGGUGUUUCUUCUCCUGAUCAGCUGUUUUUACCCAUUGCAAACUGGAAGGAAGACCCUCAGAGUGAGGAGGAAUUGGGUCCAUUAGUUAUGCAUGUCUAUGAGUUACGAAACAAUGGACCAAGUGCUUUCAGCAAAGCUAUAUUGGAUCUGCAAUGGCCCUACAAGUUUAAGGACAACUUCUUGUUGUACGUAAUGGAAUACACAGCUGAGGGUCCUAUGAAUUGUACUUCAGACACAAUCGUCAACCCAUUGAAUUUAAAGAUUGCAGGUUCUAAGACAAACCAGUCGUCAUCUACAACUGCAGGUCCAGAAACUCGACGCCAAAGAAAACGCAGAAAUACAAAUGAGUUGGAGGGGAUUCAAGUGCUGGAAUGCGGUACUGUAGAAUGUAUGAAAAUAAACUGCCAAAUUGGUACACUGGAAAGGGGCAAGAGUGUAGUUCUGCACAUCAGGUCACGACUAUGGGCUGAAACGUUCAUGCAGAAAGAGAAUCAGUCCUAUUCCUUGAAUGCUUCAGCGACAUACAACGUCAUAGAAAUGCCAUAUAAAAAUUUCUCUGCUGAACUUCCCUCUGGAUUUAUUGUGGUCACCACCUUAGUGACUUGGGACAAGCCAACAGCUCCUCACCAGGUGCCAUUUUGGGUAAUUAUAUUGGCACUCCUGGCAGGUCUUCUACUUUUAGGUCUCCUGGUACUUAUCAUGUACAAGCUUGGUUUUUUCAAACGGGUCCGACCACCGCGUGAAGAUUCCAUUGAACGGCAGCAACUUCAGCCACAGGAAAUGAAUGGAGAUGGAACUGCAGAAGCGUAAACGCCACUUGACGUGAAAUAAACUGCCCAAACAAACAAACUUAAACCCUGGACUUGAAGUGAACAACCUAACUAACGUGGUAUGAAAUGAACUGCCAAGAAUGCAGUCUGCACUAGCAUCUUUAUUUGUAUUGACAUGGUUGUAGGUACAAUUGUUGAGCAAGAGCAAUAUAAAUUUAGCUUUGCUGGUUCCUACUGAUGUGGUUCAUGUAUUUCAUUGCACUGAUUAGCACUUCAAAAUCUGCAAAAUGCUGCAGGUUUAAAUGGUGAAAUUCUUGGCCACAGUUGUUGAUACACUUGCAGCAACCUGUAUUUUUCAUUUUAACUUUGGAAGUGCAAUAUCACGAUAGGUUAGUAGAUCCUCACUGAAAAGCAAAUUAUUAAGUCAUUUUAGAAUAAGACCUCUUAAAUGUACUAAUUGCUUACAUUUGUGAUUUAACAUCAUUUUUGUAAUAUUACCUGACUGUUGCCAAUAUACUUGGAGAAAAGAAAAUGGUUUUACAUUGAGAAUGUAUAUUAAAAAGUUUUGGAAUGUGAUUUGAUUGCCCAUAUUGGGUGAAUAGGGAGUAAUGUGGCCUGUAGUUUUGUUGCAUUUUAUUUUGGUUAACAGUGGAAAUUAUUGAGCAAAUGUACAAUGCACUACAGUGAACUAUUUUGAUACUACUUACUGUGGACUCUUCUUACCGGAAACCUUUCUAUUCCUUGGUUGCACUCUAUAGCAUAACAUAACCCAGAUUGUCACAGACUUGUGUUAUUGCAUCGAAAACCUAAAUGCAAUUCACUGCCCCAUCAGAUCAUCACAUAAUAUUCAGCUCACCCUUUUAUUCCUAUUCAUACAGACUGACCUUUUCCGAGCUGACAACCAAGUUGUAUUGCAAUUUUUUUUUUAAAGUUGCAUACAUUUGUGAAAUGUAGAUAAAGCUGUUUGGUUACUAAUGAUAACUGUGCUGCAUUUAAUAAAAAGAAAAUACACAAAUAUUUUCAGAAUUCUUUUUGAUCAGAAUAUCAGACAGUCUGUCUCCUUGUAGGUUUUAAAAUUUUAAAAAAAGGGAAAUGAGUAUUUUGGCAUGUAUCUUUUUAAAAUUUUACAUUUGUUCUUUUGAUAGCUUAUAUAUCUAUGGGGUGAUUGUAUUUCAUGGCUUUUUAAAGGGAAUAAAUGGGUUAUGAAGUUCA